CAAACAUACAUGGUAUAAAAAAUAAUCGUAAAACUCAAAACGGGUAAUUAUAAAUAAUCUUCAUAAUUGUGUCGAAUUGAGUUAAGAAAAUGAACUCAUCAAAUCAACAAAAUGAAUAAACUCAGAAAGAUCUAGUGAUACCUCCAUAUAUUCUUCUUCAUCCCGGACUGUUUGAGUUGUGAUUCGGCCCUGGAUUGGAUUGAAACUAAUAAGUUUCUUCUGACCACUAACAUCGUGUAUCACUUUAGACGAUACUUGAUCCAUGAAAUCAAAGUAGCGCUUAAGACAAGUUUUCCGCUCAAAAAUUGGACGAUGUCAGAGUACUGGAGUUAAUUGGUAGAACAAUUUAAAUCUGAACCGGUUCAGUCAACGAAGAAUAAUACUUCAUUAUUUCAAUACUAAUAAUCUAUGAAUAUGAAACGAAAUUUUGUGAACAUAAUGAUACCCGAACAGAUCACAUCACUAUCUGAAUUAUCAUCUCAUAUACCAAUAUCAACUUCAAUUCUACCUAGUACAACACACACUACUGAGUUGACGAUUGAUAGGACAACAGAACUUCUCAAACUUAUACAGACAGCUUCCAAUGGACAAAACAUACUCAAGCUAGAUUGGAUGAACUUUCAAAGUUCAAAUGAAUUACAAGAGUAUACAGAACAUAAAAAUAAAGUUGACGAAUACGCUAAUAGUAAUCAAGGUGAUUUCGUUAAUAUUCAAAGUGAAUUAAAUGUUGGCCUGAAAGAUCUCAUCAAUCAGUUACAACCAUGUCAGCGAAUAGAGAUGGAAAGUCAUAAUUGUGCAACUGACAACUCAGAGAUCAUUAGUACGUCUGAAUCUAACAAAUCUGUUACCAUGAUUCAUGAUAGUAGUGAGGUCAGUACAUGGAAUCCACCUAAAUUAUACCAAUUAUGCAAUGAAAUAAAACAGUAUCAAGAGUAUUCUGAUGUUGACAGCAGAUUAUCAACUGAUCUAAUAUUGCUUUUAAAUACGUUGAAUGAUUCGGCAUCGUCAAUUGUUGCAUCAGUAAAAUUAGGCCCUAAGAACUGCAUUAAUAAUGAUAAUAACAAUCAAUCUAAUUAUGAAGGAUACAAUAUGAUAAAAACUAACGACUUUGCAAACAUUGAAUGUUUUAAUAAAAAUGAUUUAUUGAAUAUAACAAAUAGUGGACGUUCUCAAAUGCAAUCAACAAAUAAAAUCUCUAACAAUAACAAUGAACUUUUAUUUACGGAAUCACAAGGAAAACUCACAAGUGAUCUUUCCAAGUCUAAUGAUAACAUCAGUUCUUUGGGAAUCCAGCAUGAAAUUCAACAACAGCAACCACAAUCUAAAUUAUAUGAUACUUCUAAUAAAAGGCCAGUAUUACACUGGGCUAAACUUGGUGUACCUCAACCUGCCAGUCCUACCAGAUAUUCAGCUCCAGUACAUAUAGAUGUUGGUGGUACACUAUAUACAUCUUCAUUAAAAGCUUUAACAAAGUACCCAAACUCAAUUUUAGGCAAAAUGUUCAACGGCACAAUACCAAUUGUAUUAGAUACAAUGAAACAACAUUAUUUUAUAGAUCGUGAUGGGGUAUUAUUUAGACAUGUGCUCAAUUUUCUACGUACUAAUAAAGUUAACUUAGAUCCUAAUUUUACAGAAUUUGAUCAGUUAGUGGAAGAAGCAACUUUUUAUGGGUUAGAUGAAAUGGUUAAUCAACUCAAACAAAUCAAAACUGAACUGAAGAGGAAAGAAACAAAUUAUAACAAGUGUGCUCAUGAAGAAGAAAAAAACGAGACAGAUAUGCCAUUUCCUCCAAAAAAACAGUUGAAAAUUGAUACUGCACAAAAAUCGGAGAUUAGUAAUAUAUGUUCUGAUUCAGUCGUAAACACUACGAUAGAAAUCUCCACUCUUCCAGAAUGUAUAGCUAACAGUUCACCUUCACAUCAAAAAGACCGAUUUGGGCACACCUUGCCAUCGAAUAAAGUAACACAAAGUAAAUGUUUUUUUAUAUUAACAGAGAUUGACAAAAUUUCACCACAUCAAGGAAGAAUGAUCUUUUCAAAAUGCAACAAUCUAAGAUUAUCAGAAUGUUUCAAUGAUUUAAAUAAUUAUUUCGCUAAUUAUCUACCUAAUUCUUAUCAAAUAACAGAAUAUGAAAAUCAUUCUGAAAUAACAUGGUUUAUGAUGUCAACAUACAAUCAACUUAAACUAUGGGAAUUAUUAUUAAAUCACAACUGUGAACUGACUAUUCAGUAUCAAAUAAAAAAAGCCGAUAGAAAUUGUAAUAUAUGUUUAUUUAGAUCAAAAUAGUGAAUUAUGAAGAGGCUUUUUUUACCUUACCAUUACAUUUUUGUUUACUUCGUUAAUUUAUUUACUUAGUUCGCCCCCUCUCAAAAUAUCAUUAAUCUGUUUUUGCAACAACUAAAAAGCAAAUAUUUUAUUUAUUAAAAUAUAAUAUCUAUUUAGACGAAUAUUUGUUUUUAGAUUUUGCCUAUAUUUUAACUAGUUCCUUGUUUGUUGAUCAAUAGUUAGUUGCACAAUUUCCGCACUUCUUACAGUUUAAUUGUCAAUUUCCAAAGUAAAUCUGAGUUUUCUAUUCCUUAUGCUUAAACAGAAUAUUGUUCCUUAAUUGAAAGGAACACUUUUUCUGUUUGAUAAGUGAUCCAUUCAUAUUCCUAACGAUUUAGUCACUUAACGUCCCAUAAUUUGAUUAUUUUUUACUGGUGACUGUACCUAUCGGUAAAAAUAUUGUUUAGGUAUAUUUUGUUUACUCUGCACUCAUAUUAACUUUGACAGUGCUGUUCCUGAACCCUUUUGUAAUCCUUUCUAUGUUAUUAUACAAAAUAUACUACUAGUUAGAGUC